AUGAAGAGUGCACUAUUCCUACUUCUAGCACUAGCCCUGACUUCUACGGUUUGGGCAGCCGUUCCAACGGGAUGCGUCCAGCUGAAAAAUCGUUACGUCAGCAAGUAUUUGGCCUCCUCGUCGGGUCAUGACGCCGAUCGUCGCAACGUGGAGCACAGCUCGAGCCCACACACAUGGGUGAUAACGCACGCGACCGGCGAGUGGUACAGGAUCAAGCACAAAAAGCUGAACGAAGAACUGUUCGAGUCCGUUCAGCACCACAAGGUGUUCACCUGGAUCAAGAAAGCCGUCAUCAACGAUGGUGGGGCUGACUGGAAAAUCUACGAUUCGGGAACCUGGGAUCACUAUUACAUCAGAAAUAAGAAAUUUGACCAUUGUCUGUACACCGAUGAGUGGAGAACGGCGGUUACGAGUUAUGGAGGCUGUACGGAGUUCAGCUACGAAUGGGAAAUUAAAUCUGUUAGUUGCUGAAAAAACGGAA